AUGCUGCAAGGGGGUGACUUCACGAAAGGUGACGGAACUGGUGGAAAAUCGAUAUAUGGACCAAAAUUCGAAGAUGAGAAUUUUAAGCUGAAGCAUGUUAUGCCUGGUACAGUGUCCAUGGCCAACUGUGGACCUAACACUAACGGGUCGCAAUUUUUCAUUUGCACGGAAAAAACUGAUUGGUUAGAUGGGAAGCACGUUGUUUUUGGCCAUGUAGUUGAAGGAAUGAAUGUGGUACGACAGGUUGAACAGCAGGGAACACCAUCUGGAAAGCCACAGAUGGUCGUGAAGAUAGUGGAAUGCGGUGAGUUAGAGCCGGUGCCAGUUGCCGCGAACGCUGAUGUGGAAAACUCGGAUCCUCAAAAUACGAUGGAAGUUGACAAACCACAAGAGAAAGAAAUCAUUGCUUGA